UACUAUUUAUUAAUUGCUUAAAAAGGGGUAUAAAUAUCUCGCUGUUCGAAGAGUCGGUCGGCCGAGAUUCAUGAAAGCCCUGCUCUGCCUAGGGAUUCUGGAUCCAUCCGCAUCCACGGUUCCUUCCAUUUCCUCCUCGAAUUCGAUCCGAUCAUAGGGUUUCGAUCGUGUUCCCGGGUUUUCUUAUUCGGUAUUGCCGUGGUUCCGGCGAAUUUUUUAGGAUUCCGUUGGUGGUUCGCCGGGGGGGAGGGGGAGUGUUGAGAGAGAGCUAGGGCUCUUGGGAUGUGACAAUGCCCGCCAUCGAAUACCAGGGAUCGUCGGCGCCGUUCUCGUUUAUUGGCCGUUCGAUCUUGAGCAGACGGCGGGAUCAGGUCCACGCUAUGGACGCCGGCCAACACCACUACGCCAGCCUGGACCAGGAGCUCGAUGCCUUCCAGCGCCGUGUCGCCGUCCUCUUCCAAGACCUCGCCGCCUCCGCCGGCGGCGAUGAACUCCUAUCCGUCUCGUGGGUCCGGAAGCUCCUGGAUACCUUCCUCGUGUGCCAGGAGGAGUUCCGUAUCGUCCUUUUCAACCACCGCGCCGCUGUCGGCCGGCCGCCGCUCGACCGGAUGAUCGCCGACUUCUUGGAGCGCGGCGUCAAGGCGCUCGACGUCUGCAACGCCAUCUGCGACGGAAUCGAUCAGCUCCGGCAGUGGUCGAAACAUUUGGAGAUCGUUCUCGUCGCGCUUGCCGACCCCCGGCAUAAGCGGCGGGGGGCCCUCGGGGAGGGCCAGCUCCGAAGGGCCCGGAAGGCCCUCACCGACGUCACCCUCCUCAUGCUCGAUGAGAAGGACGCCGCCGGCUCCGUCCUCUCCCACCGCAACCGCUCCUUCGGCCGCAGCAGCGGCUCCUCCAGCAGCGGCUCCUCCAGCCGCGACCACCAUCACCACCGCCGCUCCUCCGGCGGCCACUUCCGCUCCCUCUCCUGGAGCGUCUCCCGUUCAUGGUCCGCUGCCCGCCAGCUCCAGGCCAUCGGGAACAACCUCGCCGCCCCCCGCGGCCACGAGGUCCUGGCCACUAGCGGGCUCGCAGUCGGUGUCUUUACCAUGAGCUCGGUGCUCCUCUUCGUGAUGUGGGUGCUUGUUGCCGCGAUCCCCUGCCAGGACCGUGGCCUUGGUAUCCACUUCUCCAUCCCCCGGAGCUACCGGUGGGCGGCCCCCAUCCUGUCGCUCCACGAGCGGAUCGUCGAGGAGUCCAAGAAAAAGGACCGGAAGAAUUCGAGCGGUCUAUUGCAGGAAAUCCAUCAGAUGGAGAAGUGCGCUCAUCACCUGAUGGAAUUAAUGGAUGCAAUCCAGUUUCCAGUGACGGAGGAGAAAGAGGUAGGGAUACGGCACAGCGUGGAGGAGCUGGCCCAGGUUUGCGAGUCCAUGAAGGGAGGGCUGGACCCCCUGGAACGCCAGGUGAGAGAGGUGUUCCAUAAGAUUGUAUGCAACCGAACCGAGGGGCUUGAUUGCUUGUCUCACAAUCCUGAGUGAAAUCUCCAGUUGGGGGUUCCUUCAGAAUGUGAUCAAGAUGCCACCAUUAUUGUUUCUGAAUUCCAUGGGGUGUGUUUAGUUGCUAGGCAGAGAGGGAGGCGAUCGAGGGAGAAGUGAUGGAAGAGAAGAAUCAAAUGUCUCAGCACCCAAAUAAGUUAAGCAGGUGAAACCUGAAGUCAUCUUGUUGCUUUGUGACUUCCAUCCUUGAUGGUAAGUAUUGCAUAGUUCCAAAAAUUUAUAGUGCACGUCGGAGUCUGAAAUAAAUGUUCUGGACAGCAUAUGGUCAUCACCAAUUCGAAAAUAUAUAGUAGUUAUGGAGAGAGAAUUUAUUUGUGAAGCUAA